AGCGAAGCCAGAAAACGUCCCCAUGCAUGCGGCACAUAAAUACCUCGCUCAUUUCCCCGUCCUCUCCUCAUUCUCAUUCCAAGCACUUGAUCCAGCCCAUACUCCCUCAUUCCUUCAACGACAACAACAACAACCACGACAGUAAUAUUAACAAACCACAGCCACAGAUACCGAGAACGAUGACCAACGACCAGGCAAACGGUACCAGCGAAGAAACGCUCGUCUACCUCGACAUCGAAAUCGGUGACCAAGAGUACAAGGCCACCUCCUGGGAUCUCUAUCGCCGCGGACAGGCCUUUUUUGCAACCCACGGUUCCCUCUACGGUUAUGCAGGCAUGACUCUUGAGGAGCUCGGACCCGAGGACAAACAGAACCUGCAAGAGAUCUACGACUCCAACCCAGUGUUGACACAAGGCGGCUCCAUCACCCUGAAUGAGCCCGCGCCACUCCCAGGCGGCCGUCUCGUCCUCAAACUCGACACAGAGGGAUGCCCCAAAACUUGCCAAAAUUUUUUGAGCUUUGUGGAAUCUAUCUACACCAACAAGGUCCAGGAGGCAACCUAUGUCAACACACGGUUCUUCCGGUUGGUCAAGGACCAUAUUAUCCAAGGUGGGGAUCUUACAAAGAACGACGGAUCUGGAGGAUUUUCGAGUUACCCGAGCGUGGAAAACCCAAAGCCGUUUGCGGAUGAGCGGCAUGGACUGAGGAAGGGGGUGUUUAAGAAGGCGGGUGUGCUGGCGAUGGCGAAUCGCGGGAAGAACACGAAUGGAUCACAGUUCUUUUUGACAAUUGGGCAGGGCGCACGAUGGACCAAGGCAUUGGAGGGCAGCUACGUGGCCUUUGGAGAGGUCAAGGAUGAGGAGGGGUCGCAACAGAACGGUCAGCCCGGAAUCGAGACCUAUGUGGAUGGGUUGGCAUUGCUGGACAAGCUGAACAAAAUUCCGACAGACGACGAGGAACGACCUAUCCAGGCUAUCACCAUCAUUGGGUGCGGGCGCCUUUAGAGAACUAUAUCCCAACCUCAGGAACAUCCAAGAUACCACCCCCCACGCACAUUCCACACUGCAUUUACCUCAAUAAAACACGUGAUAUUCCAAAAAUAAGAAAAAAAAAUGCGUUCAAUUAUCCCGGGUUCGUGCAUCAAGUGAAAGGUGAAGAAUC